CAUCUGCAGCUGGAAUUGCAAUUUGAGGCGCUGCCUGGGCCGGGACAGGGAGUGGGAGGAAGCCGGAGCGCGGGGGGCUGCGCGGGGCCCCGACGGGGACAGAGCCGCGGGGACAGAGCCGCGGGCACCUCCCGCCACCAGCCCGGCGGGUGACACAGCGGGGGCUGCACCGAGGUGUCCCCAAAACCCGUGUGCCCCCCACAGCGGCGGGCAGCGAGGCCAUGGCGAUGCUGCUGGAGCCCGGGAUGCAGAGCCUGCGGAUGGGUGCCAGCGGCGAGCGGUGCCCGACACCGUCCCCACCCGGCUCCCCGGGGACACCCCACGACAGCUGCAGCAUCGCCCCACUGACGCCUUCCCAGUCACCGCGGAGCGAGGCACGUUCCCAGCAGACCCCGUCCUUCUCCGUGGUGGUGGCCAUCGACUUUGGCACCACCUCCAGCGGUUACGCCUUCAGCUUCACCAGCGACCCCGAGGCCAUCCACAUGAUGAGGAAAUGGGAGGGAGGGGACCCGGGCGUGGCCAACCAGAAGACCCCCACCAGCCUCCUGCUGACCCCAGAGGGGACAUUCCACAGCUUCGGCUACACCGCCCGCGAUUACUACCACGACCUGGACCCCGAGGAGGCCCGCGACUGGUUCUACUUCGAGAAGUUUAAGAUGAAGAUCCACAGCACCAGUGAUCUGACCAUGAAAACCGAGCUGGAAGCUGUCAAUGGCAAGAAGAUGCCGGCGCUGGAGGUGUUCGCCCACGCGCUGCGCUUCUUCAAGCAGCACGCGGUGCAGGAGCUGAAGGACCAGUGCCCGUCCCUGCCCGAGAGCGAUGCCAUCCGCUGGGUCCUCACCGUGCCGGCCAUCUGGAAGCAGCCAGCCAAGCAGUUCAUGCGGGAAGCGGCCUACAAGGCCGGGCUGGUGUCCCCGGAGACGCCGGAGCAGCUUCUGAUCGCGCUGGAGCCCGAGGCCGCCUCCAUUUACUGCCGCAAGCUGCGGCUGCACCAACUGAUCGAGCUGAGCUGCCGCCCCCCGGCCAACGGGGCCGAGCCCCCCCACCCCAUCGACUCCAGCUUCCGGCAGGCCCGGGAGCAGCUCCGGCGAUCCCGGCACAGCCGCACCUUCCUGGUGGAGUCGGGCGUGGGCGAACUCUGGUCGGAGAUGCAGGCAGGUGACAGGUACAUCGUGGCCGAUUGUGGCGGGGGGACGGUGGAUCUGACCGUGCACCAGAUCGAGAAGCCGCAGGGGACGCUGAAGGAGCUCUACAAAGCCUCGGGAGGUCCCUAUGGGGCCGUGGGCGUGGACCUGGCCUUCGAGAAGCUUCUGUGCCACAUCUUCGGGGACGAUUUCAUCGCCACCUUCAAGGCCAAGCGUCCAGCAGCCUGGGUGGACCUGACCAUCGCCUUCGAGGCCCGGAAGCGCGCGGCCGCCCCGAGCCGCUCCAGCCCCCUCAACAUCUCCCUGCCCUUCUCCUUCAUCGACUUCUACCGCAAACACCGUGGCCACAACGUCGAGACUGCGCUCCGCAAGAGCAAUGUCAACCUGGUGAAGUGGUCGUCCCAAGGGAUGCUGCGGAUGUCCCCCGAGGCCAUGAACGAGCUGUUCCAGCCAACCAUCACCCACAUCAUCCAGCACAUCGACACCCUCCUGAAGAAACCCGAGGUCCAUGGCAUCAAAUUCCUGUUCCUGGUGGGCGGCUUCGCCGAGUCGGCCAUGCUGCAGCGGGCGGUGCAGGCCGCCUUCGGCCACCGCUGCCGCGUCAUCGUCCCGCAGGACGUGGGGCUGACCAUCCUCAAAGGGGCCGUGCUCUUCGGCCUGGACCCCGGCGUGGUGCGGGUGCGCCGCUCCCCGCUUACCUACGGCGUGGGGGUCCUCAACAAGUUCGUGGAGGGCAAGCACCCGCGGGAGAAGCUGCUGGUCAAGGAGGGCAAGAACUGGUGCACCGACAUCUUCGAGAAGUUCGUCACCGUGGACCAGUCAGUGGCGUUGGGCGAGGUGGUCCAGCGGAGCUACUGCCCGGCCCGGCCCGGCCAGCGCCGGACCAUCAUCAACAUCUACUGCUGUGACACCGAUGACGUGGUGUACAUCACCGACCCCGGCGUCAGGAAGUGCGGCACCAUCAGCCUGGAGCUGGGGGACGUGGGGGACGCGGGCCCGGCGCGGGGCCGGCGCGAGAUCCGCACCAGCAUGCAGUUCGGGGACACCGAGAUCAAGGUGACGGCGCUGGACAUGAGCACGGCGCGUAGUGUGAGGGCCACCAUUGACUUCCUGUCCAACUGAGACCUUCCUGGGGACUCCACCAUUUAAUUCAUCUCCAACUGCGACCCUCUGCCAUCAUGGGGACAUGCUCAGGACCUGCCACCAUUGACUUCCUGUCCAACUGGGACUACCCAGGAUGUGCCACCAUUGACUUCCUGUCCAACUGGGACUGCCCAGGAUGUGCCACCAUUGACUUCCUGUCCAACUGGGACUGCCCAGGAUAUGCCACCAUCGACUUCCUGUCCAACUGGGACUACCCAGGACCUGCCACCAUCGACUUCCUGUCCAACUCAGACUUUCCUGGAGAUUCCACCAUUGAAUUCAUCUCCAGCUGAGCCCCUCUGUCAUCAUGGGGACAUGCCCAGGAUCCAACACCAUCGACUUCCUGUCCAAUUGAGGGGCCCCUGGGAUGUGCCACCAUCGACUUCCUGUCCAAUUGGGACUGCCCAGUAUGUGCCACCAUCAGCUUCCUGUCCAAUUGGGACUGCCCAGGAUGUGCCACCAUUGACUUCCUGUCCAAUUGGGACUGCCCAGGAUGUGCCACCAUUGACUUCCUGUCCAAUUGGGACUACCCAGGAUGUGCCACCAUCGACUUCCUGUCCAACUCAGACCUUCCUGGAGAUUCCACCAUUGAAUUCAUCUCCAACUGUGACCCUUUGUCAUCAUGAGGACACUCCCAGGACCUGCCACCAUCAACUUCCUGUCCAACUGGGACUACCCAGGAUGUGCUACCAUGGGGGACUACCCAGGAUGUGCCACCACCAUUGACUUCCUGUCCUACUGGGAUUGUCCAGGAUGUGCCACCAUGGACUUCCUGUCCAACUGGGACUACCCAGGAUGUGCCACCAUGGACUUCCUGUCCAACUGGGACCACCCAGGAUGUGCCACCAUCGACUUCCUGUCCAAUUGGGACUACCCAGGAUGUGCCACCAUCGACUUCCUGUCCAACUCAGACCUUCCUGGAGACUCCACCAUUGAAUUCAUCUCCAAUGGAGACCCUCUAUCAUCACGAGGACACUCCCAGGACCUGCCACCAUCAACUUCCUGUCCAACUGAGAGGCACUGGCAUUGUGGAGACAUCCCUGGAAUCUGCCACCAUUGAAUUCCCGUCCAUCUGAGACCCUCCAGGAGAUGCCACCAUGGAAUUCGUGUCCAACUGAGACCUUCCUGGAGAUGCCACCAUGGAAUUCCUGUCCAACUGAGACCUUCCUGGAGCUGUCACCAUCAAUUUCCACCCCAGCUGAGACCUCCUGUCACUGUGGGCACCACACCAGGACCUGGCACCAUCGAUUCCCUCCUAGACUGAGACCCCCCACUUAUCCUGGGGACCCCAGUCCCUGCCCCCCACCCUCUCCCAGCCCCACUUUAACUGGAAUUUCCCUCAUGACCCCUCCACAUCCCCCGUCCAGGACUAUUUGGGAUUGUCCACCUGGGGUUGUCCCCUGUCCCUCUGGGCAGGUUCAUGGAGGGGAUUUGGGCUCCCAGCCCAUUCCCAGUGGGAUUUUCCUCCUUCCCGAGGUGGGAUUUUGUACUUUAACCCCCUCCAGGCAUAUAAGAUAUCUUUAUAUUUAUAUAUAUAUAUAUAUGUAUAUGUGUAGGCACAUAAAACUUCCUGAAACUGC